CUAAAGUGGUCGGGUCGAUAAAUUUCUUGUUAAGCAUUUUACAGUUUUAAUUUUCAUUUGACAUCAAAAGAUCACCAUGUUUCGUUCUUUUGGUUUAAAUAAGCUAGUCUCAUAUGGAUUAGCAACUCCUUGCGCUCGAUCGGCUGUUUCCUACGCCUUCCUGAAGAAAUAAAGUUCUUGAUAGGUUAAAAAAGCUCACUGGAAAAAGAUGAUAGGUGAUAAAAUUCAAAACCACAUCCAAAGACACAACCGUUACUAGCCCAAGACAUCAACUUGCAUGGAAUGGGGCGUCUAAUGUGGUUUCGACUCUAUUUCCUUUUCCUUCUUCAGCUAUGUUCCAAUUUUCUGCAUCAUGAGUUGGCGAGUUCUAGUGUGUGUCCAUCGAAUAGAUACAACUAAAAUCUUUCUCACUCAGCGUUUUCCGAAUGUACUUAUACUAUUCAAAGAAACAUGUUCAGUUGAUCCUAUGUUGUUUCUACUCCUUUGUUUCUCUAUCUAUAUUAGGUCAUCAAAAGUUGCCAAACAGAACAUGAUUCAAAAAAAGGUCUGGAAUAUACGACAUUUUCAAAUGGUGGGCACUAGCCGGAAGAUAAAAGCUGAUUUGUAGAUUCAUUUUCAUGUGAUUGUUUUAAACUUUGAAUUAAAUUAAAUAAUUCAACAGUCCAUAAAAGUAUUUCUACUGCUGGUAGAAAUCUCUGUAUAGUCUUAUGCUUGCACAUUCGUCUGUCUUUUAACUCUUUACACAAAAUAACUAAUGGCUGCUAAACUUAUGAACACAAAAACUACGUCGUUUCCUGAUUUACAUGGCCAUUAACUGUGUUUUGUCUCAAAGCUAAAGUGGCUUUGGUUCCAAACUUCCAGUAGAUCUAACGUUUGUCUUUGUCCCAUCUUCUUCCCUCCUCUUACACUGAGAAUUACGCCCGGUGAUUAAAUGGCGCUGGCGUCGAUCGGCGCGACGGUCUCACUCCUAAUCUAUCUCUCUCUUCCAUGUUCAAAUGCGUCAGGUUCUCCCGCCGCUGGAUCACGCCGUCCGAUGGUGUUCCCGUUGUUUCUCUCUCAACCCAAUUCUUCGAGAUCUAUGUCUCUUCUCCAUCGAAAGCUCCACUCAAAAUCACUCCCUCACUCUCGCAUGAGACUCUACGACGAUAUUCUUCUUAACGGGUAUUACACGACACGGCUGUGGAUCGGUACACCCCCACAGAUGUUUGCUCUCAUUGUUGAUUCCGGCAGUACCGUCACUUACGUUCCUUGUUCCGACUGUGAACAAUGUGGCAAACAUCAGGACCCAAAGUUUCAGCCGGAGAUGUCCACCACGUACCAACCAGUGAAGUGCAACAUGGACUGUCACUGUGACGACGAGAAAGAACAAUGCCUUUACGAGCGAGAGUACGCCGAACACAGCAGCAGCAAAGGCGUCCUCGGAGAAGAUCUUAUAUCGUUCGGGAACGAAAGCCAGCUUACACCGCAACGAGCUGUGUUCGGUUGUGAGAAUGUGGAGACUGGUGAUCUCUAUAGUCAACGUGCUGAUGGCAUUAUCGGGUUAGGACAGGGAGAUCUCAGUCUUGUUGAUCAGUUGGUGGAUAAAGGUUUGAUCAGCAACUCUUUUGCUUUGUGUUAUGGAGGGAUGGAUCUUGGUGGAGGCUCCAUGGUUCUUGGUGGGUUUGCUUACCCGUCUGAUAUGAUGUUCACUGACUCUGACCCUGAUCGUAGUUCAUACUACAAUAUAGAUUUGACGGGGAUACGUGUCGCUGGGAAGGACUUGUUGCUGGACUCGAGAGUGUUUGAUGGAGAACAUGGCGUUGUUUUGGAUAGUGGUACAACGUAUGCUUACCUCCCUGACGCAGUGUUUUCAGCUUUUGAGGAAGCUUUAAUGAGAGAAGCUUCCCCGUUAAAGCAGAUUGAUGGCCCUGAUUCGAACUUUAAAGAUACUUGCUUCCUUGUUGCUCCAAGCAACGAUGCCUCUGUGCUUUCAAAGAUACUUCCAUCAGUGGAAAUGGUGUUCAAGAGUGGACAGUCAUGGCUUUUGUCCCCUGAAAACUACUUGUUUCGACAUUCCAAGGUGCAUGGUGCAUACUGUCUUGGUGUAUUCCCAAAUGGAAAAGACCAUACAACUCUUUUAGGAGGAAUUGUGGUUCGCAACACACUUGUUGUGUAUGAUCGUGAGAAUUCUAAGGUUGGAUUCUGGAGAACCAAUUGUUCUGAGUUAUCAGAUAGGCUUCAUAUUGAUGAUUCAGCACCACCACCUGCCACAUUGCCUUCAAAUGAUUCAAAUCCAACCCUCAACACAUCAAGCAGUCUCCCAGGAGGGGAGAUUCAGAUUGGUCAAAUAAAUCUUGAUAUCCAACUAACAGUCAAUUCGUCAUAUCUGAAACCUCGCAUGGAAGAGCUCUCCAAGGUAUUAUCCAAGGAGCUGGAUGUCAAAUCUUCACAGGUCUAUAUAUCGAACCUCACCUCCAAAGGAAACAACUCUCUCAUUGGAAUAGUUGUUGUUCCUACUGAACCUUCUGGCUUUUUUUCCAAUGUCACAGCAACGAGCAUAGUUUCUCGGUUUACCAAUCAUCAAAUCAAGCUUCCUGACAUCUUUGGAAACUACGAGCUCGUUAGCUACACACUCGAGCCUUCAAGAAAAGGGGCAAGAUGGGUGAUGAAAAACACCAUUGUGGUGAUGGCAAUAGUGAUCGUUGCUGUAGUUGUUGUUGGCUUAAUAGCUUAUGGAGUCUGGUUGAUGUGGAAACGCAAACAAGCAUCAAAUCCAUAUAUACAUGUAGAUGAAGCCAUAGUCGCUGAGCAAGAGCUACUACCUUUAUAAAAAAAAUAACCCUCCUAGUACCUUGUUUUCCUCAACCUUAUCAUACAAACUGUUUGGUCUUUAC